AAUGGGCCGAAUCGCCUGGAAGUUUGCACAGCUCGGGUCAGUUUCGGGCGGAAGUUUGUACCGCGAUGUCUGAACGCUGUUUGUCGGUCGGAUGGAACUGCCAAAGUAUUGGACAGUGAUUUUCUGUCUGAGGUUGGUUUUGCAAGUGACCUGCAACAAUGUGCCGGAGAGUUGUGAUCAGUCGAAGCGCGUGAACUGCAAUGGGUUCGAGAGCUUUCUGCCGAUAGAAGCGGAAGCAAGUUAUAACAUUCGGCUGAACAAGUACCAGUACAAAUCCAGCGAUGAUUCAGAGUGUAUGCUCGGGAAUGCACUCAACUACAUGCCAUGGCUGUUUCCAAACGGAUCGCUGGUGCUCUUCGGAUACGAAGCUAGGCCGCUGGAUUUGGCCAACCUUCGGCUUACCAACAAUGCUCUCGUGACGCUCAUAUCGAAUAUGAAAACCGGUCUAAGUGUAAUGACACACGUUUCAAUUGCCAACAAUCAACUGUACGACUUACCACUAGAGUUUUUAUCCAGUGUUUCCAGUGUGAGGUAUCUAUCGAUGUACCUUAAUCCGUUUGAUGAUUUUGCUGCGGAAUCAGCCGUCAGACCAAAACUACCACCGAUGGGUGCCCUGGAAGCACUGGAUAUGCGAGACUGCCGGAUUCGGGUACUUCGGCCCGACUUUUUCCAUGACGCGCCGAACUUGCAGUAUCUGUUUCUAUCACAAAAUUACAUCUCCAAACUUCCAGGUCAGCUGUUCUAUGCAACGAAGAACUUGGUCCAUCUGGAUUUGUCCCAUAUGGAUAGUAGCCAACGGGAGGCUGAGGUUCGUGCGGAAAAUCCUUUUAUGAAGUUUAGCGCCGGGAUGGAUUUGGACAGUAACGUUUUUGAGCCGUUGGUAAAGUUGAGGUUCCUGGAUCUAUCGUUUAGUAAGCUUGAGUUGAAGGCUUUCAUAGCGUUGAGUUCACUCGGUACUAGGCUGGAGUAUGUUAGCUACUGCUACACGGAUCUACCGGGGUUGAUGGACUAUCUGUUUCUUAUGAAGAGCAUCAAGAUGCUGGAUUUGUCAGGGAAUCCGGGUUGUGCACGGGCUUUACAUUCGGAAAGUUUCCACUUGCUGAGAAGAAGUUUGGAAGUGUUGUACUUCAAGGAUGCAAGUAUCCAUGGAUUGGAAUGGCUAAGCGGGUUGGGAAAGUUGAAGACGUUGGUACUGAAGAAUAAUUUCAUCGGAAAGCUAGACGUUCCGGCGGUUGGUGAUCUGGUGAGUUUGGAGAUAUUGGAUAUCAGCAAUAAUUUUGUUCAAUCCUGGUCGCAUAGCUUGUUCACCAAUAGUACAAACAUGAAGCUGAUCAACUUAAGGAGUAACAACUUGCAGCUUGUAACCAAUUCGAUGCUAAGAGACUUUGAGAACAUGCAAUACUUGGCGUUGGGAGACAACAACAUUCAGUGUAGUUGCAAUUUUGUGUUUCUUAUGCGAAUGGCGCUUGGUGACGAUCUACUGGCAGAGGAAGAAGCUAACAAAUCAGCUCUUGAAGUUUCUUUUCUUAAAAACUUUUCGGUGGAACAUUUGAACUUAUUUGACUACAACGAGAAUGAUUAUCUUUGUAUGAAUUUCACCAGUAGACGGAGAGUUAGUGUUCGCACAAUCCCACUGUGCAACCGAGAAGAUGAAGGGAUUUACACAAAUGUGAAUGACGAUAAAGAUUAUGAUGCGGACACUUUGGAAGAAAUUAUCCAGGAAUAUACCGUACUGUACAUAGUUUCGAGCAUUAUGGUUUUACUAAUUCUGGCUGUGAUAUUUUUCAUCUACUGGAAGUGGUUCUAUAUCAAGUACUUCUUUGUGCUCUUGAAGAACUCGGCUAUUUUGAGUUUUUUCAACGAUGACAAAGUUUAUCUGGAAAAAAGCUAUCUGGAGGAUGAGAACUGCUACACUUACGACGUUUUUGUCAGUUAUUGUGACAACGACCGCAAUUGGGUGCUGGAUAACAUGUUGCCGAACCUGGAACAGCAAGAUCUUAUCACGGUUUGUUUACAUGAAAGGGAUUUUGAGGUUGGAUACGGUAUUCUGGAAAAUAUUAUUUCAUGCAUGGACCGUUCGAGAUGUUUGAUGUUGAUUGUUUCUGAAAGCUUCCUCCUAAGUAGAUGGUGUCAGUUUGAGAUGCAUUUGGCACAGCAUCGCCUUCUGGAAACGCGCCGUGACGAGCUGAUUCUAGUACUACUGGAAGACAUCCCCCGGCGCAAAUGUCCCAAAACGCUUAGUUAUCUGAUGAAGACGAAAACGUACAUCAAGUGGCCGAGUCAGCAGGGUACGGACGAUAGAGAGACGAUGCUUGCACGUGAGCUUUUCUGGAAGCGUUUGCGCAAAGCGUUGCUUCAAACAAAAUGAUUGACAAAAAAUCUAGAGUAUACUUGAAGGCGCAUUAUAAAUGUGCUUUUUGAACAUUGGUCAUGCUGAAUAUCGGAAAAUGUUGAAUCGGAAGAACGUUUAAUGUAAAUAUCAAAGUACAAUAUUAGUCA